UAUCUUUACUGAGUUAAUGAGAUUCCUAGUAAAUGUGUCAUAUAUAUGGCUCCUAAUAACGGAGGCUCUAGUGCAUUAAUAAUCUAUUGAUUUAUCAAUUUGAAAAUGAGUGCUUUGUAUGGACAUUUGUAUAAAGCUGCUUUGCAUGGAAAAUGGAAAACACAUGGGCAAGAAUCCCAAGGGAUUCCAGAAUACUGGAGUUACUAUGGGAAUAGUGGAUUCUCUUAUUUCACCAGUAAAGUCUUCAGGGUCACACCAACAUUAAAAAAGGAAUCCUUGGGAAGAAAUCCAGUCCAGUCCUUCCAUAGAUCGCUCAGAUUUGGAGAGAAUGACUAUAUUGUCAUCUCUAUAUUAUUCAUGCUGAUCUCUGCGGUAACUUGCUAUGGGUCUGUGAUCUUUGGAACACUGUGCCUCACAGCUUUGCCACCGUCAAAGAAAAUAAAAUGGACCACCCUGACCAUCACUCUAUGUUUUGUGUCUGGCUUCACAGGAGGGAUAGGCCUGUUCAAUUUCAUGAGGUUAUCUACUGAGGAGCCCAACACAUUCCUUUCAUGGUCCUUGGCGCCAGGAUGGUUCUCUGUUAUCAUAGUUUUAUUUGCAGGUGUUUGCCACUUUGUGGCAAGGAAUUGGGAAGAGGAGGAAUUGGCCCAAACCCUUCUUGGGACCACAGUGGUCUUUACGCUGCAAGAGGACUGCGUGGCUAGGGCUGCUUCUGAAGAAGCCCAGCAGAAGAGAAAAAGACUGCCAGAAUCUGACACAUCUGCAUGACUCAGGAAUAAAUCCAUGUACAAGAAGUGACAAAAACUGCUGGGUGGGCCUGUGCCCACCUAAUGCCCAAAGGACGUUUUGGGGAAUUAGGAGAAAACACACUCAGCUUUGACAUAGUGUUUUACUUUGGGUUGAUACAAACUUCAAACAUUAAUCCAGGCUUGAAGAUAAGCAUACGUCCCCAUGUUGGGUGACACAUUCAGCUUGCUCCAGCCUGAACGGUUAAGAAGAAGUUAAUCCUGCCCUGGAAAGCAAGAAGUGUUCUUGUUGAGCGAGGCAGUGUGCUACCCACCUGAACUUUCCCUCAAUGUUUGGUAUGAUGUUUGUUGCCCCCUAAAUAAAUCCCUUUAGCAUGC